AUGGCCCUCUCCCCCCGGGGGACCCUGAACUUGGAGACCCUGGAUGGCUCGGACCCUGACUCAGCCUUGCCGCUGGAUGGGGAGCAAUGGCCCCCGCCCUGUGAAAUCCUCCUGGACCCAGAGGUGGAGCACAGUCCGGACGUCAUCCUAGUGGGUUCCAGCGAACUGUCAUCCCCACCAUCACCUGGGCCCCGCAGAGAUCUUAUUGCAUAUGAAGUCAAGGUCAACCAGCGAGACAUAGAAGAUGUGUGUAUCUGCUGUGGAAGUCUCCAGGUGCACACACAGCACCCUCUGUUUGAAGGGGGGAUGUGUGCUCCCUGCAAGGACAAGUUCCUGGAGUGCCUCUUCCUGUAUGACGAUGACGGGUACCAGUCCUACUGCUCCAUCUGCUGCGCCGGGGAGACACUACUCAUCUGCGAGAAUCCCGACUGCACCCGAUGCUACUGUUUCGAGUGCGUUGACACCCUGGUUGGCCCCGGGACCUCGGAGAAGGUUCACGCCAUGAGCAACUGGGUCUGCUUCCUUUGCUUGCCCUUCCCCAGGAGCGGGCUGCUGCAGAGAAGGAGGAAGUGGCGGUCGGGGCUGAAGGCCUUCUAUGACCGGGAGGCGGAAAGUCCCCUUGAGAUGUACAAAACUGUGCCUGUGUGGAAGAGAGAGCCCAUCCGGGUGCUGUCCCUUUUUGGGAACAUCAAGAAAGAGCUGAUGAGUCUGGGCUUUUUGGAAGAUGGUUCUAAGCUGGGAAGAUUGAAACAUUUGGAUGACGUCACCAACGUAGUGAGGAGGGACGUAGACGAGUGGGGCCCCUUCGACCUCACCUAUGGUUCCACGCCUGCCCUGGGCCACACCUGCGACCAUCCCCCCGGGUGGUACGUGUACCAGUUCCACCGCAUCCUGCAGUACGCGAGGCCCAAGCCUGGCAGCCCCCAGCCCUUCUUCUGGAUGUUCGUGGACAACCUGGUGCUGACGGAGGAGGACCUGGAUGUGGCCACUCGCUUCCUGGAGACUGACCCGGUGACCAUCCAGGAUGUCCGUGGCAGGACUGUCCAGAACGCCGUGCACGUGUGGAGCAACAUCCCUGCUGUGAAGAGCAGGCACUCGGCUCUGGUGUCCCAGGAGGAACUCUUCCUACUGGCUCAGGACAGGCAGCGAAUGAAGCCCCCUGACCAGGGCCCGGCCACCCUGGUGAAGAAUUGCUUUCUCCCCCUGAGAGAGUAUUUCAAAUAUUUUUCAACAGAACUCACUUCCUCUUUAUAA